AUGGCUUCAAUUCAUGAAAACUAUUUCUUUCCAUUGGAAAUAUGGGAAAAUGUGGUGGAUCAAUUGGAUAAAAAUAGUUUAAAGACAGAUGAAGAUAUAUUCAAUCUUACCCAGGUUAAUAAAGAGUUUAGACUGUUAUUCACAGGUAAUUUAUUCUGGCGUGGUAGAAUUGAGAAGCUAUACUAUAAGAAUCCCACGGACCCAUUCCUUGAUGUUCCAGCUGAAAUCAAUAAGCUAGACAGCAACUUGUUCAAGCAUGGCAUGGAAAGGUAUUAUAUUGAAAAAUCAAUCAGAAUGAGAGUUUUGACUUUAGUCGCAUCAGGGACACUAGAUAAACUUGAUGAUGCUGAUGAUGAUGAUAUUUUAGGAGCUUAUUUCACAACUUAUAUUUCACCAAUUCUCAAGCAUGGUCAUUAUACUAUUCAUGCAAUGAAAAAAAUACGUACAAAGUUUGAUGAUGAAGAUUUCAUCCAUUUUUUUCUUUUGCCAAUUCAACAUAUCAUAGUAUAUAAAAGGUUGAAAAGAGAUAAAUACAUUUCUGACCCAAAAAAUUUAGAGCUUUGUAACGAUGCAGAAAAUGUAUUAUUUGAAUUGAGCUAUAGUGAUCCAGCUUUUGAACAAUUAUGUUUUUAUAGGAAACAUGUUUUGCAAAAAACUUAUGAUCAAGUUAGAUUUGAUUCAAAAUUUGACUCUAAUGAUCCCUUGGGCAUUAUUACACUUAUUCAAAAGCAUCUAACCACAUGUAUUGAUUAUCAUAAGUAUACUGGGAAAUUAUGUGUUGAAAGCUUGUCAUUACUAAGAGUCUAUUCUGGGGAGGCAAUUGGAGCUUCAUUUAUUAUAAUUGCAAUAAUUCAAAAAAUUGCUAAACAAUUCAAUAUCAAGACAAAAUUAUCAGUGAAUUUGCGCUGUUUAAUCAUCUGUGAUUCAAAAUUCGGAAAAUUCAAGCCUUAUUUAAAAUUUACAGAUUUAUUAGGUUGUACAAUUCAAUCAGGUCUAAUUCUCCAAGGUAAAGCAAGUUCAAGUUAUGAUGUGAUACCAUUAAGAAAUACAGUAAUUUUCUAUAAAACAUUGAAACUAAUGAUUGAUAAAACUCAACCUUUGAAAGAAGCAUUACCAGCAUUGGUUUUUGGUAGAAAUAGAAAUGUUGAUAAGAAAGAAAUCUAUCCAAAAUCCAAAAUUGAAUGUCACAAAGAUCUUUCAAUAAUGAUUGAGCUUUUCUUUUAUCGUGACAAAAUACGAGGUGAAACUUUAUUAGAUAGAGUCAUGGAUAUGGUUACUCAAAAUGAUUCAUUUCUUGCUUUUGAAUACUUAUUUCCAGGAAUGAUUUCAAUGGCUCUUCAUCAUUUUAAUGCUACUAGACAUCCAAGUUACUUUAAACGUACUUUACGGAAUUUGAAAAGAUUUUGUUUGAAAUUGCUUAGAAGAAAUAGAUCAGCAGUAAGGCUCAGAACUACAUAG